GUAAGACAGACAGACAGUGCACACACUCCAUAAAGAUUUCCGGUCUCCAUUUUAUCGUAGCUAGCAGAUACAGACGGGCGUUUCGACGAAGGACAGCAAACGAAUCGAGUAUCAGUGUUUGUUUUACAAUACAUUACGGUAAAUAACACCUCUAAAUAAUACAAAGUGUGGCACGUAUUUCUAUUUAGCGAUUCAUGUUGUUUCUUUGAUAUUUCUCUUGUAUUCAUAUUAGCUACCUUGCCCUAGCAGAAGCGCUAGCUAGUAGCCUUUUUUUCUUCUUCUGGUAGCUAGCUAACGAGUAGCUGAAAUGGCUAGACCAACUGUAUCGCAGCAAGUAACUGAUUAUGUUGCAGUUAAUUUGCAAUUAUACUCUACGCAAUUAUACUCUCUCACACGUAGCCAUGGCAUGUGCAAAUUGUGAACUAGUCAGUACAGGGACUGGGGAGGGAGCCAGCAAAUGUCGAGGGUUAUCUUAGCAAGGCCCAUUCUUCCAUUUUACAUUGUGAAGUUAGUGAACAAAGGCCGGAGGUGAGAAUGGUGUUAACCAACGUUUGGUCAGAAGACUAGCUAGUUGUUUUACCCUGUUAUUAUAGCUUACGUUCUGUUAUUGCAGUAUAGCAGAACCAAUUAGCUAUUAGUUCAUGGAAAUAAGAAGAAAUCCCGCAAUGCAUUUCCAUGUGCUAUGCAUUUCCACACCCCUUGCUUUAUGGCCUAUUGUUGCCUACCCCAAAUUCAGCCAUAAUUAUACAAAUCUGCUUGACUGUUAUAAACACACCUGGCUGUUUGAAUGUGGCUUUAAUUGUAUGUGGAGGACCAUUUUUAUCUAAGUGUGUUAUGAACAGACUAUAGGCCUACUUGAAUAUACAUUGUUGUCAUGUUGUGUGAUGUGUGGAAAAUGUGUACUACAUGAAAAUCUAAAUGGACAAAUCUUCUUUCAGUUUCUCAUUCACGUUUGCGGAGUAUCAAUUUGUGUUUUGAAAAUUGAGGCUUGUUGAAAUGGGAGGUAAUUACUAAACUUUUUGUUCCUUGCAUGCCAAUACACUUGACUGUUUGACACAAGAAAUUCACAUAAUUAGGUGUGUGUUCCAGAACUGCUUGAAGUAGCUUUUCUAGUUCGCGUCUAUCUGAAUGCAAUUGAACCCCAGGUUCUUUUUACAGGUGCAUGUCUUAAAAGUUAAGUAAAUUUGCUGAUCGGCUGCCUUUUGGAUAAUGAUUCCUAGAAAGCAAAACAUACAUGCUGUUUAAUAUUUUUACAGAUCCAGCCAUGCACCGGGAUUGCCCUCUCGACUGCAAGGUCUACGUGGGAAACCUGGGGAGUAAUGGCAAUAAGACAGAGCUGGAGAGGUCAUUCGGCUAUUAUGGGCCACUUCGUAGUGUCUGGGUAGCUAGGAACCCCCCAGGCUUUGCUUUUGUGGAAUUUGAAGAUCCAAGGGAUGCAACCGACGCAGUGAGAGAACUUGAUGGAAGGUAAAACCUAAGAACAAGUUCCUCUGGUGGAAAAAUAACAAUGAUAGAAUCAGGAAAUUGAGGCCUGUUGAAAUGAGAGGUCAUUACUCAGGAUUUUGUUCCUUGCAUCAUUUGCAUGCCAAUAUACUUGACAGUUUGACAAAAGAAAUGCAGAUCAUUUCAGAGUUGUGUUCCGGAACUGUUUGAAGUAGCUUUUCUGGUUUGUCCAUAUGAAUGCAAAUGAUCCACAUGUGCUUUAUACUUUGGUAUAAAAUAACUUAAUGACAGAGCCUAGUUUACUUGGAGAUCAUUGUUUCCACUCUGAUAUUUGGAAGGACUACCUAUUAAUUUUAGUUGCCACUUGCCUCCAUUUAAUGACCUGAAAGGGGGUGAAACAAGGCCAUGCAUGCCAUAAUGUUUUGGUGACUGUUUAACAGUAUGCCCUGCGGUAACACCAUAUUGAUCUUUCCAGGACACUAAGUGGUUCCCGUGUGCGAGUGGAGCUGUCCAAUGGUGAGAAACGCACCCGCAACCGGGGUCCUCCUCCCUCAUGGAGCAGACGUCCUCGAGAUGACCAUCGUGGGCGUCGUGGUAGCCCGCCCGCCAGGCGCAGGUAACCCUUCUCCCAUACAGGGCUUUAUGAUAGCAAUGCCCAACAGACUACUAAUCCUUUUCUGUCCCUUUUACUAGUUAAACAAUCUGUUUUGUUCCUGUGUCCUCUCCAAACUGCGUCUCCUGUUACUCUGCUCCAUAUUGAUAGUUUAGCGCCGACUGUUUGAUAACCCUUGUUUCCAUGGUAGUCUACAGUGGUUAGUGUAAUGUGGUGCUGAAGGCAUGCAGUUUUCAUCUUCAUUAUCAUUGUUGAUCAAUUUAAUUACUUCCAGGUUACUUUAGAUUCAGGGGUUGGGUACAGUGUGAAAUGAAAUUUUGGCUUGCAAGCUUUUCACUGUUACCUGAAGCACUGAACGUGUUUUGGAAGUGUACUAUACCGUUUGCAAGAUUAUUUUAAGCUUUGGCAAAGUGUAAAAAUCGCAGCUAGCUUUUUGAAGUAGGUGAUUCAUAUUUCAAAGCAGUACCUCACUAUGAACUGGGUGGGAGGGAAGCUUAAUGAUGCUAGAUUGGUUGUUUUUGUUACAAUUUGAGGUUGCUUUUUUUAUUGACCAUUUAAUAUUAAUAAAAUGAACCCCGUUACAGAGUCAUCACCAUGCCUCUUCUCACCACCCUCUGAGUCAGUCAACUAGUCCUCUUUCAGCAUCAUGUGACCGUUGACCAGCGUGCCCCAAUCAGCUUGGCUGGUGUUGUGUCACAUGACCCAGGCAUGGCCAGUCGUCAGGUUGCACCAGCCCAUUGGUUCCUGCGCAUGCAGUUCUCAGCCUCUUCCUCCAACUUUAACCCAAUCGGCAGCGGCCCUCCUCACAUUCCCGACCAAUCAGCGUUUUACGUCCCCAAAUGUCUACACUGCAACCUACCAGCAGCAGCCCUCGGCUAACCAAUAAAAGCAGGAAAAAUCCACAGCCAGCCCCCGUCCGCCAGCCAACUAAUCACCUCGCAGCAUCUGGCCAGUCCUUUUCAGCCAAAUCUGCCUACCCGGCCUACAGUCUGCCUCCCCUUCGUCAUUUCUAGCUUGUUGAAAACCAAAUGACUAGUAAGUUUUACCUGCUUCAUACAGUACACUGCUGAUUACAAAUUUAAAAGUGAAGAGAAAGCUGCUUUUAAAAGGUUCUCUUUUUAUUUGAAUCAAACAGGAUUGGUAUUUCUCCCACAUUACUGUAAUCCGUUGAUUUAAAGGGGAAUGGACAUUUUGAGAAACAAAUUAUUAAUUUGUGAAGGUCUUUCUAAUUGUUCAAAGGAGCUAUUCUGAUCAGUGCUUCCCCUGGUUUAGGUCGCAGUGGUCCCAUCUUGUGUGUGCUUUGCACUUGUGCUCAAUAUGUAACCUUGAUUUUUGACCAUUAGUUAUGUUACAACUCUCCAUUUUCUUACCCCUUCCCAUUUGGUAUAAUUGCACUUCUCUUUCCUAAGCAUUUUUUGCCAUUCAUUCAGCUGGCAGUAUUAACUAACCCAUGACCUUUUAUGGGAGGCGAUGACUGAAUUUCAUAUUACAAAUGUCUUAUCUGCAGUCACCUAUUCCCAUCCCUUGGGGGGCGUAAUAGACAGUAACUUGGUUCCCUAGUUUUCGGUGGGGACUGUAUGGUUUACUUCAGGGUAAUUUGGGGGUUGGAUGGGUUUGGAAUCAAUGGCCCACCAAUGUAUCAUGCUCUGCUUUUGACACCCUCUCACUCCCCCCUCCCCAGAUCCCCACGUAGGAGGAGCUUCAGCCGCAGCCGAAGCAGGUAUGUUGACAACCAUAAGAGUUAUUGUAAAAGUUAACAGCCGUACUAUGGGCAAGUAAGAUCAACACAGAUUAUUUUUAAUGGAAGCGUGAACUAAAGGACCCAAUUUUGAACUUUAUGUAUAUGGUUCUGACAAGUAUUUGAUCUCUUAACACACCACACCCUCAACACAGCUUUCCAAACUUGUCAAUGAUUAGAUCCUCUUGUCAACAGGGGCCUCGGUAAGAUUCAGGUUGCUUUGGUUAAUUCUGUUGUUCCUUCUGUAUGCAGGUCUCUCUCCAGAGACAGGAAGAGGGAGAGAUCUCUGUCCCGGGACAGGAACCACAAACCCUCAAGAUCAUUCUCUCGAUCAAGGAGGUAAGCAGGAGGGGUUAUAACAAAUGGCAAGGAUUUCUUAUAUCUUGUCAACAAUGAAACCACUUUACUUGUGGCUUGUAUGUAACGGUAACAGACCAACGGUGUAACAUCUUUCUGAGAGUGCAUGAAUGCUCCAGAGAAAGUUUGUAUUAACAUUCUGGCUUAACUGUUUUUCCCCUUCUCACAGCCGCUCCAGGUCUACGGAGAGAAAGUAAGGAAAUGCAUGGCAGUCGAGUUUGAAGGCGAAGAAGAUGAAUGAACGAACGGUCGCCCCUUUGGCGAGUCGUUUUAUGUGAUGGACUUCAAAACACCCCCUGGGCAACUUUGUUUUUAACAAUCAAAAUAUUUUAGCGGUUUUGUUUUUGCUUCUCUGUGACAUGUAAGGUAUCCAAUUCCUCUGUAUUUUGUAAAUAAGUGGGUAUGCAGGUGUAAUGCAUGACUAAAAUGGCUGUUAGUCCUGUUAAUGCCAAGACAUACAGUAGUUGUCCCCAAGCACCAUUCCAUUUCAUCAAUCAUUAUAAGUGUUCUCUGUAUUUGUCUAUGAAAGUACCAGAUCAUGGAAACACACUGUUCUAAAUAGUCUAGUGCUCAAGUCAUGUUCCCAUGUCAGCAAGAUUUGUGUGUCUGGAUGUGGUGGAAGGCUAUGGUCACCUAUCCUAUUCUGUCGGUUAAUAUACCGACAUGUUUUCUAAUUGAUCUCUAGAACUUCCACUAUUCUUCCAGUUCCUGUUGGUAAAGUUUUGGCUUUGCGAAUAAUGGCACCCUUAUUUUGACUACAAUAGCUGACUGUUUUUCUUUUCCUUGAUAUUUGUACUAUUUUAUGUUCUCGGAAUUAAAAACUGGUUGUAAAAA